GCACCUGGCUUUUCAAGUCUUUUCUCUCUUUCUCUGUCCCAGAGGGCAGGACAGUGGCGGGAAGCCAGCAUGGUGGGGCUGGGGGCCAGGUGGGCCCCCCUCCUCCUCCUCCUCUUCUUCCACCUGCUUCCCAGGCUGACUGGGAGCUCCUGUGACUCCAUCGGGUGCUGCUUCCAAGACCUGCUCCCUGGGGAGACCGGCCCAGGUCCGGGAGCCCCCCGCAUGUCCUGGGCGGCUGUGACGGGGACCCCGCCUACCCCCGACUCCGCAGGACCUGGGGGCCCCAGCGCCCCGGACUGCUACCGGGUGCUCAGCGUCGGCUAUGAGUGCUCCUGGGAGUUUCAGGGGGCCGUGGCCGGGGUCCUCCACUUCCUGCGGGUCUGCAUGAAUGAGUCAGGGCACUGCUGUCACUUCCCCGCGGUCAACACCACCAGCCGGCCGUUCUCAGACCAGGACGGCGUGAGUGUCCUGCGGCCCGUCACCGUGUGGGUGGACACCCGGGGGCCCGGCCUCGCCCUGAGGUCCCCCCCGGUCACCCUGACCCUCAACAACUGGGUGAAGUAUGACCCUCCGCUGGGAGCGGUGGAGGUGGCCCGGCAUGGGGAGCGGCUGCUGGCAUCCUGGGAGCCCCCCGACCGCCAGGAGGACGCAGAGCCGCAGGCCAGGGUCCGAGUGAAUGGCGGCUCCUGGGAGCUGGGGGACUGUGAGCGUCAGCAGGACACUGGCCCCCGGGGCCGCCGGAGGGAGCUGUGCCUGCUCCCCCUGGCGGCCGCCCAGGCGCAGGAGCUGCAGAUACGGAGGCGGCGCCGGGGCCCCAGAGGCCCAUGGAGCAAUUGGGGCCAUUCUGUGUGCGUCCCGCAAAAGAAUACCACGGAGCCCCCGGUGGACGUCUCGCUGACCCCAAUGGGCUCCGGUGGGCGGCGGCGGCUGACCCUGCUCAGACAGCCCCCGCAGCUGGGCGAGCUGUGCCCGCCGCCCCUAGACUACCGCGUGGCCCUGCGCAUGCGCUCCUGCUGCGGCCCCACGCAGGCCGCCCCUUGGCUCCUGGCCCCCGGGCAGGCCCUGCACCUGCUGCUCUCCGGGGCCGCCUAUGACCUGACAGUCGUCAGGGACCCGGACACCCACAACCAGAGCACGUCCAUUGUCGCUGUCCCCCCCAGAGGAGCAGGGGUGCAGGACUCCAGCGUGGGAGCCAAUGGGGUCCUGGGGCGCUGGCCGGGCCUGGAGCAGGGAGUCACCUACUGCAUGGAGUGGCGGCUGUGGGCGCAGGACGGGGAGCCGGUCUCCUGCACGGUGACUCAAGCCAAGAACUGGGAACCUGCCGACUGGGCAAACCACAGCCGGGUCCUGGCGGCCGUGGCCCCGGGGCAGGAAGCCUGCUACGGAGUCAGCCUCCUGGCCUCCAAGCGCCCCAGGAAGCUCACCUCCUGGUCCACCGUCUUCUUCACACACCACUUCGGGGGCAAUGCCUCGGCCGCCGGGACCCCCCAGCUCCGGACGGUGGGAAACAUCAGCUCUGACUCUGCGUGGGUGCACUGGGAGCCCUCCCCGCUCAGUGCCUGCCCCAGGGUCCUGGCGGGGUACGUCCUGCGCUACUGGGGCGAGGAUGGUGGCCAGGUGGCAGAGCAGCUGGUGGCGCCCACAGAGACCCACGUCCCACUCUAUGGGCUGCAGGCGGGCACAGCCUACACCGUGCAAGUGCGGGCGGAUACGGCAUGGAGGACAGGCAUCUGGAGCCAGCCCCAGCGCUUCAGCACCCGUGAGAGGGGUAUUCCCAGAGCCCAGCUGCCCGUGUCCUCCAUCGCCCUGGUCUCACUGGGGAGCUUCCUGGGUGUCCUGCUUCUGGGUGUGCUGGGCUCACUGGGCCUGAGCAGGGCUGCCCGGCACCUGUGCCCGCCACUGCCCACACCCUGGGCCAGCUCGGCCAUCGACUUCCCCAGCAGUCACAGCAAACAGGCCUGGCUGUGGAUCAGCCCAGAAGACUGCCCGGAGGAAGAGGCACCCCCAGAAGAGGCCCUGGUGGUGGAUGCAUCCUGGGUCCUGGGGCCAGGAGGCAGUGGCUGACACAGAGCCUCCUGAGGGUGGCCCUGUGCCCUCCUCUGACUCACAGAAGGCUUCUGGGGAGGGGAGCAUGGCGGCGACACCCCCCGAGGCUGGAAUUUUGGGGUCCCCCAGCCUCCUGGGAGGAAUGCAGAGCCCUGGGCUGGGGGACCCCUGGCUGGGGGGAGUCCCGGGUGAGGACACACACAAAGUGUCCCCAGAGGCAGUGGAGAUUUUGGGGUGCCUUACUUCAGGGGCUCCUGUGAAUUCGGGGAGCCUGGCUGGUCUGGGGGUGCCGUCUCCCCUCAGCCCGCACUGGCUCAGACUCUGAGGACCGGGCUGUGGAGAAGGAAGGCCCCACCCUGAGGCUGAGGGGGAAUAAACGGGAGGAGCCGGACACUUGGUGCACUUCCUUGUUCAUUCAUUUUUUUUUCCUUUUUAAAAAUCUUAUGAUCUUUAUUUAUGGGUAGAGACAGCCAGAAAUGGAGGGAGGGGAGGGUGAGAUAGAGAGACAGAGAGACACCUGCAGCCCUGGCUCGCCACUCCUGAAGCUUCCCCCCUGCAGGUGGGGACCGGGGGCUCGAACCUGGGUCCCUGCUCAUGGUGACAUGUGUGCUCAGCCAGGUGUACCACCUCCCAGUGCCCAGUCAUUUAUUCCUUACUUAAGUUUUAUUUUAAGAUUUUUUUUUUUCAGGGGCCGGGCAGUGCAUCGGGUUAAACGCACAUGGCACAAAGCACAAGGACUGGCGUAAGGAUCCCGGUUCAAGCCUCCAGCUCCCCACCUUCAGGGGGUGAAGCAGGUAUGCAGGUGUCUGUCUACCUUUCUCUCCCUCUCUCUGUCAGUCUUCCUCUUCUCGCAAUUUCUCUUCUGUCCUAUCCAACAACAACAACAGCAGCAAUGACAACAGUAACCAUCAGUACAACAACAAGGGCAACAAAAAUGGGAAAAAUGGCCUCCAGGAGUGGAUUUAUAGUGCAGGCACUGAGCCCCACCAAUAACCCUGGAGGCAAAACAAACAAACAAACAAAAUGUUUCCCCUCCCGAGCCCUGCUGAACUCUGGCUGCUGGUGGUGCUGGGGAUUGAACCCGGGACCUCGAGGCCUCAGGCAGGAGAGUCUUUUGCAGAACAAUAUUGCUGUCUACCUGUAUCACCAUCAUCAUGUUCAUUAGUGAUUUAAUAUUGAUUACAAAGUCAGAAAGGCCUUCCUGCUAGACUCCUGAGCGAAACAGUCCUAAAUCAAACCGCAGGGACUAGCGAGCGUCUUCACUUAGACGUAGAUACUUGCCCCGACUUAGGGCUGCCUGUGCCGUGUGCCCCGAGCCCUGAGCCCGGGGCCCUGGCCUGUAUCGGGAUCUGUGACUUUAUUAGAGGAA